AUGUCGUGGCGCAACCAAGGCAUCACAGGUUCUAACAACAUCCCCCUCGGCACGCGUCGUCGGCUUGGAGGUGAAGGCAAUGGUGACUCGCAAAAUGAUAGCUCUGCAAGCUCUCCAGCCUGGGGUGACUCGGGCAAGCGUGGGCGAAGUCCUCCCAGAGCUGAACCUGCGGCCGACGACGGCGUCAAGAGGCGUAGAAAGCGCAAUCGCUGGGGUGAAGCCGGCGAGAACAAGGCCGCUGGACUCAUGGGCCUCCCGACCAUGAUUCAGGCGAACAUGACAGCAGAACAACUCGAAGCAUACGCCCUCCAUCUCCGGAUCGAAGAGAUCAGCCAGAAGCUGCGAAUCAACGACGUUGUCCCUGCAGAAGCAGACAGAUCGCCAUCGCCGCCCCCUCAGUACGAUAAUUUCGGCCGUCGGGUUAACACUCGCGAGUUCCGCUACCGCAAGCGACUGGAAGAAGAGCGACACAAAUUGAUUGAAAAGGCCAUGAAGACCAUACCGAACUACCAUCCGCCUUCUGACUAUAGGCGGCCUACCAAGACACAGGAAAAGGUCUAUGUGCCGGUCAACGAUUAUCCUGAGAUCAACUUCAUCGGACUACUUAUUGGACCUCGUGGCAACACUCUCAAAAAGAUGGAAUCCGAAUCAGGAGCCAAGAUCGCCAUCCGAGGCAAAGGCUCUGUCAAAGAGGGCAAAGGCCGAUCUGACGCAGCUCAUACUAGCAACCAGGAAGAAGACCUACAUUGUCUUAUCAUGGCAGAUACUGAAGAGAAAGUUAACAAAGCCAAGGCACUGAUUCACAACGUCAUCGAAACAGCCGCAUCCAUACCAGAAGGACAGAACGAACUCAAGCGAAAUCAGCUGCGUGAACUAGCGGCGCUCAACGGUACUCUGCGAGAUGAUGAAAAUCAAGCAUGCCAAAAUUGUGGGCAAAUUGGGCAUCGCAAAUACGACUGUCCCGAGCAGCGCAACUUCACAGCUAACAUCAUCUGUCGAGUCUGUGGCAAUGCCGGCCACAUGGCGAGGGAUUGUCCAGACCGACAACGUGGGACCGACAUGCGUAACAAUAUCCCUGGAGGAUUUGGCGGACCACAACGACGACUGGGCGCUGCAGAUGCUGUCGACCGAGAGAUGGAGAAUCUGAUGCAAGAGCUUUCUGGUAACCCAUCUGGCAACGGCCCGGCGGGUCGCAUCGAAGCUGCUCCUGGCGGCUAUGAUCAGGGCGACUCGUACGCUCCUGGCGGGGAUUCUCGUCCCUGGGCACGCCAGCCGGCUGGAGGGGGUGUUGCUCCUUGGCAACGAGACCGACAGGAACGACAGGACCGAGAUUACGGUCAACGAGAUCAUGGUCAACGAGAUCAUGGUCAACGAGAUCAUGGCCAUCGGGGUUACGAGAGUCGAGAUUAUAGCCACCGAGAUGGCGACUCGUCGGUUCCUCCGUGGGCCCAGAGUCGAGGAGACGCACAAGGAGGAUAUGGUGGCGCUCCCGCGCAAGGAGCAGCUCCCUGGCAGCAACCGCAACAGCAGCAGCAGCAGCAGCAGCAGGGCCCGCCCGCGCAACACUACGGGUAUGGUGGGUAUCAUGGUUACGAUGCUCAACCCGCGUACGGCGUACCUCCCCCGUCGGCUCCUCCUGGACUCAGCUCCUUCUUGCAGCAAUAUGGCG